GUUAAACACACUUUGUAUUUUCGACAAAUAAAAACAUCUAAAUAAACGAAGUUUCACUUUCUAAUAUUAAUUUCAUUAUAUUGUAUUUAAUAUCUGAAAGCAUACUCAUUAUCUCAUUUUUUAAAGUUGAAAACGUUUACUUCAAAUGAGCUCAAAUGUUGAAAAAGUAGAUGUAUAAAUACAGCUAUAAUUUUUUUAUAACUUGUUCGUGAAGAUUAGAAAAGAAGUAUCUUUUAUUUUGUCUACAUUUCUAAAUCAUAUGGAAUCAAAUCAAGAAGAUUGCCAUAAAUUUAGUUCGUUAAUAGGAGUACAAACUUUCUCAGAAAAUUUAUUUUCACGCGAAAAACUACUUCGUAAAAUUCAUCAUUGUUUUUUACAAGAUGGAAACAAGUCAUCUUUAGUAUUAUUUGGAAUGUCGGGUGUCGGAAAGACACAUGUUGCAAGAAAAUAUAGUGAAAUAUAUUAUAGCUUUUAUAAAAACAUUGUUUGGAUUGACGCAGCAUUUGGAAUGUUACAAACUUCAAUGAGAAACCAUUGUCAAAUAUUAGGAAUCGAGAUUUUUGAUUCGAAAGGUGAUUAUUAUAAAAUAGAAGUAAUUGUUGAAAAAAUUCACAACUAUUAUAAAAAUGAAAAAACGUUGUAUAUUUUCGAUAACGUUGAUGAUGAAAGUGUUAAAGAUUUAUCAAUUUAUAUUUCAAAAAAACCGAACUCAUUCACAUUGAUUACCUCCCAAUGGAGAACUUGGUCGAAUAAUGUCAAUAAAAUGCUAGUUGAUGUUUUUUCUUUUGAAGAAGCAUUCGCUUAUGUUAAAAAUAAUAUUAAAGAAAACACAGAUGAAAAAAUAAGAAAUUUAAUUAAAGAACUUGGUUAUCAUCCUUUUGCAAUUACUCAGGCAAUAAAAUAUAUAAAUAUACAUGAAAUUUCGAUAGAAAAGUACAUAGAUCGAUAUAGAUCAAAACCAUUAGAAAUAUUAGACAAUAAUAAAAUUCCAACCGAAGAAAAAUCAAAGUCUGCUAUAAAAGCAAUUAACCUAGUUUUAAUAAAAUUAGAAAAAAAUAAACCUUUCCUAUUUCAUAUUUUAAACUGUUUAUCUCAUUGCGACGGUCAAAACAUAAAUAAACAGUUUAUAACACAAAUAUCAAAUCACAUGGAAAUAAACGAUGAAUCUUUAAUAGAUGAAGCUAUUGCAUUACUAAUAAGUUAUUCUUUACUAAACCGUUUUGAUGAUAAAAAAUAUACAAUACACGAACUUACUCAGUUGACAUGUAAAUGUUUUCAAGAAAGAAAAUCAAGCACAAAUACAUAUCUUGAUUUAAUCGAAAAUUAUUUUAAAGUUGAAAUGAACGAAAUAAAAGAUCACACAGAUUAUGGAAACCAUUUUGUUUUUCAUUUUAUCUUUAUGUUUCGUACUCACAUAAAAAAAAUUUCGAAAACAUUUCAUCAUAUGACGACUUCUAUUCAAAAAUUAUUAGUAUCUAAAGGUUUGUUUAAAGAAGCAAUUGAAAUAUUAAAAGUUAUUCAAAACUUUAAUACAGAAACUUAUGGUGAAGUUAAUGAAUUCACGCUUGAAACAAAAUAUAAUAUCGCAAACUGUUUGUACCAUAUGGGAAAAUAUAACAAAGCUUUAAAAAUUUGUUAUUCUGUUGCUAAAUUACAAACUGAAAUUUUAGGUAUGAACCAUCCGUCUACGAUGAAAACAAAAAAUAAUAUUGCAAGCUGUUUGAGCAAUAUGGGAAAAUAUAACGAUGCUUUAGAAAUUUAUUAUUCUGUUGAUAAAGUACAAACUGAAAUUUUAGGUAUCAACCAUGAGGAUACAAUAAGUACAAAACAUAAUAUCGCAAGCUGUUUGCAGAAUAUAGGAAAAUAUAACGAAGCUUUACAAAUUUAUAACUAUGUCGAUAAAAAACAAACUGAAAGUUUGGGUAUCAAUCAUCCGUCUACAAUGACAACAAAAAAUAAUAUCGCAAGCUGCUUGAACGAUAUGGGAAAAUAUAGCGAUGCUUUAGAAAUACUUUAUUCUGUUGAUAAAAUACGAACUGAAAUUUUAGGUAUGAACCAUCCGUCUACAAUAAAAACAAAAAUUAAUAUUGGAAACUGUUUGGAAAACAUGGGAAAAUAUAACAAAGCUUUAGAAAUUUAUUAUUCUGUUGAUAAAAAACAAAUUGAAACUUUAGGUAUCAACCAUCCAGAUACAAUGACAACAAAACAAGGUAUUGCAAAUUGUUUGAUCAAAAUGGGAAAAUAUAAUGAAGCUUUACAAAUUUAUAAUUGUGUCGAUAAAAUACAAACUGAAAUUUUAGGUAUCAACCAUCCGUCUACAAUGAAAACAAAAAGUAAUAUCGCAAUCUGUUUGAACGAUAUGGGAAAAUUUAAGGAAGCUUUAGAACUUUUUUAUUUUGCUGAUAAAAUACAAACUGAAAUUUUAGGUAUCAACCAUCCGGAUAGAAUGACAACAAAAAUUAAUAUGGCAAACUGUUUGAACAAUUUGGGAAAAUUGAACGAAGCUUUAGAAAUUUAUUAUUCUGUUGAUAAAAUACAAACUGAAAUUUUAGGCUUCAACCAUCCGGAUACAACGAGAACAAAAAACAAUAUCGCAAUCUGUUUGAAAAAAAUGGGAAAAUUUAGCGAAGCUUUAAAAGUUUAUUAUUGUGUUGAUAAAAUAAAAACUAAAAUUUUAGGUACCAACCAUCCGGAUACAAUGACAACAAAAAAUAAUAUCGCAAGCUGUUUGAACAGUAUGGGAAAAUAUAACGAAGCUUUAGAAAUUUAUUAUUCUGUUGAUAAAAUAAAAACUGAAAUUUUAGGUACAAACCAUCCGUCUACAAUGAUAACAAAAAGUAAUAUUGCAAGCUGUUUGAACAAUAUCGGAAAACAUUACGAAGCUUUAGAAAUUUAUUAUUAUGUUGAUAAAAUACAAACUGAAACUUUAGGUAUUAACCAUCCGGAUACAAUGACAACAAAAAAAUUAAUUGCAAUUUCUUUAAAAAUUUUAGAACAAAAGUAAACGAAUUGUUUAAUUAUUUGAUUAUUGUUUAUCUAUUUAUAAAAUAUAAUUGAAAGUUUAUCUGUUGAUAAAAUAUAAUUAAAAUACGUUAUUUUUCAGUAUAUUGAGAACUCCGCAUUUACUUCAUAUAUAUAAAAUCCUAAUUUUUAUUAACA